AUGGCUACCCCCAGUGUCCUUACCUUUGAUGCUGAGGGUCGUGCUCUUGACUUCGAGGUCUGGGUCGAUAAUCUGCAGCUUUUCCUACAGUUCAAUAGGGCAGACGGACUCUCCUUGUUCGAUCUCACCUCUGGUGCCUCUCCUGCCCCGCCUGCUGAUGCUGACAGCACUGUUCGCUCACAGUGGGCCACGCGCGAUGGUGCUGCCCGUCUUGCUGUGCUUGCACGCUACUCUUCCCCUGCCAUUGCUGCUCUUAGCCGUCUCAUACUGCCGUACCUGUUUCCUGACCUCGCCGCCUUUCCCACUGUCGCUGACCUCGUUACGCACCUUCGCACUAGUGACACCCGCUACCGCGUUGCGCUUCCUGCUGAGUUCUGCGCCAAGAACCCCCCCCCCCCCCCCAUGUACAUCACCCUCUACUACAUAGUCACCCGGCUCCCUGACUCCCUUCGCUCGGUCAGGGACCACUUCCUCUCUGUUUUCCCCACCACACUCAUCGUUGACCUCCUCGAGGAGCGCCCCCUGGCAGCUGAGAAGAGUAUAGUCGCUGUAGGAGCCUCUAGAGGUGACCCGCGUGCCCCUGUCUUUGAGGGGUGCUCCCCCUCCCCCCUUUUGCCCUCUGUUGCCUCUGCUGCUGCCGUCGACUUCGUUGGCACCGAGUCGGACGGUGUUGCGUCUGACCCUAGCGGGCGACGCCGCACCGGCAAGGGCAAGGGGGGCAAGGGCACUGGAGGGGCUGGCGGGGGCGGUAGAGGUGGAGGUGGAGGAGGCGGAGGGAGUGGGGGUGGUGGUGGGAGUGGUGGCGGGGGUGGGGGCUUCGGUGGCGGCGGUGGCGGCGGCGGCGGUGGCGGUGGGAGCGGAGGAGGAGGCGGUGGCGGCGGUGGCGGAGGUGGUGGCGGAGGAGGUGGAGCUAGUCGGGGUGGCUCUGCACAGCGGGGCGGCUUAGGUGGUGGUCAGCGCCAGCAGCAGCAGCGCAAUCGUGAGACCCUGUCCCCCCAGCAGCUUCGUGAGUGGUACGCUGGGCGUCAGCGAGGUGGGGGUACUGGUCCCUGUACCUACGUCCUCCAUACUGGCGACCGCGCUGGUGAGCAGUGCGGGGGCUCGCACUCCACCCAGCGCUGCUUCCGCCGCCUGACGGACGCUUGGAGUCACCAGUUCCCUGACACCAUUGAGAUCCCUCGCUGGGGAGAGCUGUCAACGGCGGGGGUUGCUAUCUUUGAUCUUGACUAUGAUGCUAUUCUUGCUGCCAUGUAUGCUGUGUCUACUAGUGAUGAGGGUGACUGUUACCUGUGUGUUUUGCCUAGCCCGGGCAUUGAGGCUGCUGCUCUAGGUGCUGGUGAGGCUGCUGCUCUAGGUGCUAGUGCGUCUGCUGCCCCAGGUGCUGGUGAGUCUGCUAUCUCAGGUACCACGUCGGCUCAGGCCUUACACACCUUCACCCUUGACUCGGGUGCUUCCCGCUCCUUCUUUCGAGACCGCACCACGCUUACGCAGCUUAGUCGGCCGGUUGUGGUCUCCCUGGCAGACCCCUCUGGGGGUCCUGUCCUUGCUCGCUUCUCCACUGUCUUACCGUGUCAGGCAGCCCCCUCUGGCACCCUAACAGGUCUCUACCUCCCCUCGUUCUCUACAAACUUGGUGAAUGGUCUUGAUCUACAGGAUGGGGGGGUUGACCAGUUCACUCCUGUGAGUCAGCGGGUGACCCAGUGUACGUGUGCUCGGACGGGCCGACACUUGGCCACGUUUACCCGUCGACCGAGGUCGAGCCUGUACACACUGACUACUGAGUCUCCUCCGGUUGCUGAGUCUGAUCAGGUAGCUGCGUCGAGUCAGGUGUUUGCUGCAGCGUCCAGGUUUGGUCCUGAGUCUGCUCCCUGCUCAUGUCGUCUCCUGUCCCACCAGACUCUCCUUUGGCACCACCGCCUUGGUCACCCCUCCCUGCCUCGUCUCCGAGGCAUGGCCUCCCGUGUCCUUGUCUCUGGUCUCCCACGGUCCCUCCCUCCCCUCCCUCCGGGGCCUGCCCCUACCUGCGUUCCCUGCGUCGAGGGGCGGCAGCGCGCCGCCCCUCACUCCUCCGAGUUUCCUCCGACAGAGGCUCCUCUGCAGACUCUUCACAUGGACGUGUGGGGCCCAGCCCCCGUCCGUGGCCAGGGUCAUGAGCGUUACUUCCUGUUGGUGGUUGACGACUACUCGCGUUACACCACGGUGUUCCCCUUGCGCAGCAAGGGUGACGUCACUAAGGUGUUGAUCGACUGGAUCGCAGCUCGUCUCCAGCUUUGA